GUCAGCAGCGCCUUCCGGAAGCAGGAAGCUCAAAUCGAGAAAAAAAAAAGAGCGCCUAGAAUCAAAGUUGGAGACGUUACCUGAAGUGCACCUCUGCCCGCUGUGAUCAUGAGUUUCUCCCCCGGCCCAUCCGGUCCCCUCGGAGGGACAAGUAUCCAGGAGCAGAGGGACCGCUGGGAGAGAAAACGCAGUCGGACGGCCAGAGAGUUGGUGCAGACAGAACAACGCUAUUGCCAGCAGCUGGAGCUCGUCACCACCUACUUUGUGGGGAUCCUGAAGGCAAAAGGAACCCUGAAGCAGGACAUUACAGAAAGCAUAUUCAGCUCAAUUAAAGCCAUUCAUUCAGUAAACCAAUCUUUGCUGGUGCAUCUGGAGAAUGGCUACUUUGGCCGAGGCUUUGACCAGAUGUAUCCACAUCUGCAACUCUACAACACGUAUGUGGACAACAUCUACAAUGCCAACAGAGUGCUCGGGAUCCAGCUGAAGAAAAACAAGCCCUUCAGACGGUUUAAGAAACUCCAGGAAGCCCGACCAGAAUUCAACAACCAUAAGCUCGAGGAUUUACUCCAACUUCCCAUCCAGAGGAUCCAUCAGUAUAAACAUUUCCUACAGGACCUGACUGCCAACACGAGUCCCGACAACCCAGAGUUUCCGCAGCUUUCAAGGGCGGUGGAUGCGGUGAACGAGGUGUUCCAGCGUAUCCAGAACAAUACCAGAUGCCAUGAGAACCACCUCCAGCUAUGCAGGGUGCAAAAACUGCUGAAAGGGAAAAAGACAAAGGUGUUGGCUGAAGGGAGAUGGUACCUCCGCGAGGGCUGGCUCACAGUGGUUCCCCCCAAAGGGGCGGAUGCGACGCCUAGGAUGUUUUUCCUGUUCUCCGACAUGCUGCUACAAGCCAAGUUGCAGCUCACCAACAAAGACAAGUUUGAAGGCCAGCACGCCUACCCCCUGCAGGGCUGUAGCGUGGAGAAGGUGUUUGGCCACACCAGGAGCCAGGGAGGUCUGCUCAGCUUAACCUUCCCCAAAGCCAAACUCCUGCUGAUGUCCUGCAAUCAGGAGGAUCUCAACGACUGGUUCCAAAGCCUGAGCUCCGCUAUCAGGAAGCUGCAGGGAAGGCAGACGCUGGUCAAUCAGAGGGACGGUGAGUUGUGGCGGAAACCCCUCCACUCAGCUGUCGUGUGCCACAACACACCGAGUAGCAGCAGGAAGAGAAACAUGGGGAGCUCUGAGACCAGUGAGCAUGUCCAGGAGCCUCCAGUUGAGCUUGAGGGCAGCGCCGCAAAAAGGAUGAAGCCGACUAACACUCCAAAGCACAGCAGUGUAGAGGCCUCCUCGUCCAGCUGUGUGAUCCUCUAAAUGACUUCAGUCUGAGGUGAUGGACAAUCCAUCUGACCUAUUCGCUCAGUUUGGCCAAACAUGACACACAUGCCUGCGCUCAUAAUAAUUGCGGUUUCAGUCCGAGGGUUUGAAUUAUCACUAACUGCUCAUCCUGCACAUGAAUCUCUCUCAAUCUGUCGCUUCAAAGACCGAAUAUGUGAUACAUUUUGAACUGUGAGCAGUGUGUUGCUGCUUGUCUACACUUACAAUGUUGUAACACCAACAACUAGUCCAGCAGCAUGCCGAUUCUGUCCAAUCAUCUCUUCCCUCUGAUAGAAGGGGUGAGAGAUGUGUGUGCUGCGAGGUUUCCUUCACCAUCUUUAAAAGCAAUACUGGCAGUCAUGUUCGGGUUAUAUGCUAUUUACCAACAUUUUAAAAACUAUUUGUUUUAACAUUUUUAUGCAUUUAGUUAAACUUGAGUUCAUCAAUAGAAAUAUGUAUUUGAAACUUAUAUGCCAUAUCUAUUUUCAUAGACUGUUGAUUCACAUCAAUUACUCGUCAACUGUGGGCCAAAAAGUGACACAAAUAAACAUUUGAAAUGGGAAUGUAUUCUUCCAACAUGCCAUGGCUGGUUGGAGGUCAGUCAUUUAAGGCUAAGGUAGGUCACUUUGAAAAACCAGCAAAAGUUUGUUAAAUUGAAAAAGUAGCCCCACUGAGAAACUCAAGUGUUUCCCCGUGAAAGUAUCUAGCAGCAGUAGCUCCAAAUGAUGCUAAUCCGGCAACACUCCCAGCAACGUUCCUUCAGGCCUUCCACUGAAGCCCGAGAAUAUUAUUUAUUGAUUUUUGUUGUGAGGCAAUGAGAAUUUCAACAGAUAGAACAAGAGAAUGCUUACCUCAGCUUGCUUUAAGCAUAUAUAGUAAUUAUCACACUGCCUAUUAAAGUGAGCGAAUCACAGAUUGCAGUGGACAGCUAGAUAUCUGCACAGUGCACACUCCAUAUUACCCCAUAUUUCCUGUUGUUGCGGGGGCCCACUCACAUGAAUGUUUUAUGUCUCCGCCCAGUCCUUGGCUUUACCGCCUCACAUCUACCUGAUCAUAUCUUAAGAUGUACUAUUCUUGUAAUCUUUAAUGUAAUUGUUUUGUUUGCCAGAAAGCUUUUACUUUCACAGAGUUAUUGUUAUAAUCAUAAUUGUUGGAAUAAGUGCAUUUAAUCAGCUGCACUCUAUUCUAUAAAUUAUUUCUGUGAAGUUUCUGCAUGCAGGCAAGAAACCCUGUUUAACUCAUGCAAAGUUCUGUUUUGAUUACAUUAUUUAUCCUUUGUUUUAUAUUUUAUUACCAAAUCAACAAAUAUAGACAAAUAUAUUCUAUUGUGUGUUUAAUGAACACUUGUAAUGAAUUUUCAAGCUUUGUAUAUUUUACAAAUCACUUUUAAUUUGUGACACAUUUUCGCUAUUCUAAAGCUUCAACAUGCUGUACAAAUUUAGAGGGAUAUGAUUUAUAUGUACAAAAUAAAAAUCU